AAGGGGCAAUCGUAUCCAGCUGAUACGUGACAGAGAGGUUCACGUGUCUUUUCGAUCUCGAAACGUUUCAACGUUUGCAUCAGUCCGCCCGUGAGAAGGUGCAAAAACUCGCGGAAAAUCGGACGAGAUGGGGAACGCGGCAGAGACGAAGCCGGCGGAACGGAGCCGCGCCGUCGGGACUUUCCGCAGGAUUUCCCCCUCGGAGAUCGAAAUCUCGGGUCUCGACGUCGUCCUCGAUCGGGGAUCGAAAUUCGCACGGAGAGUGAUCUGGGCCUUCAUCUUGGUCGUCUGCUUCGGAUUGAUGCUGGCUCAAUGCCUGGACCGACUCUUCACCUUCUUAUCCGGGCCGAUCGCGGUUACGAUCCAAGUGAUCCGGAACGAAUCGCUCAUCUUCCCGGCGGUCACCAUCUGCAGCAAUAUCGGCGAGGCCGUGGACCGUUUCGACGGGAAUCGAGUCGAAGAUUUGUGGAAUCGGGAAUUCGGAGCUUCGAAAUAUCCCGGAAUAUGGAAGGCAACCCGAAUCUUGUCCGAGAAACUCGGCAGCGCUGAGUUUUGGAAACUCGCAACCUACAACAUCUCGAGCAUCAUCGCCAGCGUUCUCCUUUCCAGGACUCAUUCGACAUCUCAUGUUAACAAUCUCAUGGUCCACAUUGAAGUGCACGUGAGGGUGGAAAAGGCUAUCGACAGAGAGGAUGGAGAGAGAGGGAAGACCGAAGAAACAUGGAGUGUCAUUGUCCACAUGCAGCAGGACUUGCCAAUCGUGUCAGCCUGCAUGCAAGGCGAGUGGUUUCGGAAGAACCAGGACAAGUACAUUGGGGUCUCGAUCCGAAACAAUGCUUCAUUUGUCCAACCGCGGCUUAGUUUGCCGUUCGUGAGGAACACGCCGGCUAGGGCGUGCAAAGGCGGAGAAGAGUUCAUGCGUGCCUCGAACCUGAGCAUCCGGAUGCUGGACGGGAGAGACCGUAAUAUUCCGACCUGGAACCCUGAAAAAUGUGGAUGCCACAUGCCGUGCAAGCAUAUUAUGUAUGAAUUCUCUUCCGAUACUCGGGAUCGACAGGACAAUCACUCCGUUACUCGGGUCUUUUAUCGGGACAUGACCUACGAGGAGAUCGUGGAGAAACACAGUUACGACAUCAUCUCCCUCCUCUGCGAUCUCGGAGGGACUCUUGGAUUGCUCCUAGGAGCUUCAGAGGUCCGGGUUUUUGGUGAUGAAGGGGUAAAUGUCUGCCUCUCGGUGUCCACAUUCGUCCUGCAAUGUCACAUUCACUUGGAAACAGUAGUACUAGAUGAUGUUGUGUUUCUAAAACUACACAGUAAGAUGGAGCGUGGUGCGCCAGUCUUUGGCAAUCCGGCUGAUGCAUCACGUUUCAUUGCCCUACGGAUAACUGACCCUGCCUUCGACUUGAAAUCACUUGAAAUCAGACGGGGAGGCAGUUCCCCUUCGUCCCCGCAGGCGACCAAUGGGGAUGAGAUCUCUGUGCUGAAUGGCGAAGGCCUAGGAGGUGUGGACAUUUUCGAGAUCACAAUCCGUUACCGAGGUGGGAAGACGACUGAGCUCCAAUCAGAAAACGGAGUGGCAUGUCGUCAGAGAGAUCUCACCCCAUUGGUCGCUUGCGGGGAUGAAGGAGAACUGCCUCCCAAGUCUGACAUCGAGUCGGAGACUGAGUCAGUUGUCCUCCGUGGGGCUGUGUAA